AAAAAAAAAAGAUAUUAUUAUUAAAAAGAAAAUAACAGAAGAAACACGCAAACAUAUCCAUUAGUGUCACAACGGUGCUUUCAGCAGCUCUUAUUACUAGAAAGGAAAGAAAGACCAGAAUUUUGUGACAAGGGUUUUAAGUGAGAGAGAGAGAGAGUCUGUUGUGUCAGGUGAAAAGAGAGGAGAAGAUGGAAAACACAGACGAGCUCGUGUCCAUUGAGCUACCAGCUCCUACUUCAUGGAAGAAACUGUUCUAUCCGAAGAGAGCAGGUACACCGAGGAAGACAGAGAUUGUGUUCAUGGCUCCAACGGGUGAGGAGAUCAGCUCACGCAAGCAGCUUGAGCAGUACCUCAAGGCUCAUCCUGGGAACCCUCUCGUCUCUGAGUUUGAUUGGACGACUGGGGAAACUCCAAGGCGGUCGUCAAGGAUCAGCCAGAAGGUGAAGGCUACGACCCCCACUCCUGAAAAAGAGCCUCUCUUGAAGAAGAGACGCUCUUCUCUCACUAAAAAGGAUAAUAAAGAGGCUGCUGAGAAGAACCAAGUGGCACAACAAGACAAGAACGGACAGACAGAAGAAGCAGAUGUUGCUGUUAAGGAGGGACUUGUUGAGGAGAACAAAGAUGGUGAAAAGUCUGAGGCUGAGAAGGAGAAGGAGAACAAGGAGGAUGAAAACAAAGAGGGAGAAGUUGUGACUGACAAGAAGGAGCCCGUGGAAGUGGAUUCCUCUGAGGUUGAGAAGAAAGCUGAGGCAGAGAACAAGGAGGGAGAAGUUGCGACUGACAAGAAAGAGCCCAUGGAAGUGGAUUCCUCUGAGGUUGAAAAGAAGGCAGGGAGUGGAGGAAAAGCUGAAGAGACUCCCAAAGGUGAAGACCUAAAGGACACUGAGAUGAAAGAGGGUGAUGGAGAGAAUAAGCUUGCAGAGAAAGAGACUGAGAACAAGGGCAGCAUUGGCGCUGAAGCUAACGGAGGAGAGAAUGCGACUUCUGGUAAGCCUAACCUUGAAGCUAAUCAGGGGAAUGGAACACACGAAGCUGCAGCAGCUGUAGCUGAGGAGAAAAGUAAUGACGUGAAGGCGGCGGAAGACACAAACAGAGGCUUAGAGGCGAAUCAAGUCCAACAGCAGCAGGGCGCUGCAGCAUCCGUGAGCUGUUAAAAACCUAUCGUUCUGUGCUCUGUACAGAACGUGAAGAGUUUGUUGUUGUGGUCUGAUUCAGGUGUAGCAUUAACAUUUAUGAGUGGUUGUUGUUGUACGUGCUGGUAGAACUAAUGUGUCUAUGUAGUUCAUUAUCAGAAGACUCUUAAACUUUUGUUCUGUGUAUUGUUGUUCUAUUGUACUUUUGGUAUGCUUUUAGUGUUAGGCAUUUAUCUA